AUGGACGACUCACGCUUGACGGAUUUCGUGACGACGUUCCUGAAAAAGAAGGGCUUCAACGAGGCCGAGACUGCUUUUAGAGCUGAACUUCAACGCAAGAACAAUAACAGCUCCAACAACAAUUCCAUCGACGUACUCAACGAUCCCGAACUCUCCAAGUUCUUUCGCUCCUUCUCCGAAUCAGAGGAUGGUCCUGCACGAUACCAGGAUGAAUAUAGCAAACUGAGGUCAUGGACUUAUAGCUCCUUGGAUCUGUACAAGCAUGAAUUGCUUCAUGUGCUCUAUCCAGUGUUUAUCCACUGUUUCAUGGAUCUGGUGGCUAAAAAGCAUAUCCAAGAGGCAAGAACCUUUUUCAAUAGCUUUCGUGAAGACCAUGAAAUGCUACACUUACGAGACCUUCAGAAGUUGGAAGGGGUUCUUACUCCCUCUCAUCUGGAGGAGAUGGAAUUUGCUCAUUCUCUAAGGCAUAGCAAAGUCAACAUUAAGAUAUGUCAGUACUCCUAUGAGCUUCUGCUGCAGUAUCUACACAAGACACAAUGUACUAAAAUGCUUGGGAUCAUCAAUGAACGUAUUAACUUUGAAGUUUCUCCGGGACAGCCCAGCUCAAUUUCCGAUGAUGCUGAGAUAGUUACACUUAUUGGAAGCAACCAGGAUGCAGCUAAUAAAAUAAAUCAAAAGGAAGUACACUGGGGGUUGCUUGAAGAUUCUUUAGAAAGCCGCUUGGAGAAAACAGGAGGUUUACUAUCAGAUUCUGAAAAAGCAGAAGGAGAAAACAAAGAGGGGGAGGUAGAUGAGAACAAGAAAAGAUCAGUAGAAGGUGGAAAGCAAGGCACUUCAAUGAAAAAGUUGAAGAAGGACAAAGCUAUCAACGCAACAGCAAAAACAUCACGUCCAGAGGCUAACACUGUGCCAGUGGCCCCACGGGUGAAAUCGGAGCUUGCUUUGCCCGUAAUGCCAGUUGAGGUGGAACAGUCUUUUCUUGAAGACUUGAGAAACCGUGUACAGUUGAGCAGUGUUGCAUUGCCAUCAGUCUGCUUUUAUACAUUUAUCAACACACAUAACGGUUUAAAUUGUGCAUCGAUAUCACAUGAUGGAUCCUUGGUUGCUGGUGGAUUCUCAGACUCAUCGUUGAAGGUUUGGGAUAUGGCAAAGCUUGGGCAACAAACUAGAAGUUUGUUGGUGUCAGCCGUUUCGCAGGGUGAAAAUGAUACUACAGCAAAGGAAGAUACUUUAGGGGCAAAUGGUAGCAAAAGAUCUUAUACAUUAUUUCAGGGUCAUUCAGGGCCAGUAUAUUCUGCCAGUUUUAGUCCUCUUGGGGAUUAUAUUCUUUCCUGCUCAGCAGACGCAACAAUUCGAUUAUGGAGCACAAAACUAAAUGCGAAUCUUGUUUGCUACAAGGGUCACAACUAUCCUGUUUGGGACGUUCAGUUUUCUCCAUUAGGACAUUAUUUUGCUAGCUGUUCCCAUGAUCGAACAGCAAGGGUUUGGUCUAUAGAUAGAAUACAGCCUUUACGAAUAGCGGCAGGGCAUCUGUCUGAUGUUGACUGUGUCCGAUGGCAUGCCAAUUCCAACUAUAUUGCAACUGGUUCUAGUGACAAAACAGUUCGAUUAUGGGAUGUUGUGAGCGGGGACUGUGUCCGGAUUUUUGUUGGUCAUAGAAGUAUGAUUCUGUCCUUGGCAAUGUCACCUGAUGGUCGCUAUAUGGCAUCCGGCGAUGAAGAUGGUGCUAUUAUGAUGUGGGACCUUGCAAGUGGUCGUUGUGUCACGCCACUGAUGGGUCACACCUCAUGUGUGUGGUCACUUGCGUUCAGUUGUGAAGGUACGCUUCUUGCAUCUGGAUCUGCUGAUAGCACCGUAAAAUUAUGGGAUGUCACUACUAGCACAAAGGUGCCUAAGACUGAAGAAAAAAGUGGAAAUCCCAACAGACUCAGAUCGUUGAAAACUCUGCCUACUAAGUCGACACCAGUCUAUACUGUGCAGGUAUUGCUAGAAUUUUAUUUCAUUUUCCCUUUUCUUUUUUCUUCUCCAGAAGGCGUAAAAUGAUAAUAUCUAAUGUUUCCCUGCAAACAG